AUGUCCUCCCACAACCACCUCCAGGGAAACUCCUCCCUCAGCGACUCCAGCCCCGGCCACUGGAUCACGGGCAGCUACACGGGCAACAGCAACGGCGUGCGCAUAACGAUCGCGACCUUCAUCGGCGUAGCCUGGUACAACGUCGCCGAGCUAAUUGUGCUCAUCUUCCUAACCUUCAAACGCUAUGAAGGCCCCUACUUCUGGAGCAUGCUGAUAGCCAGCCUCGGCAUCUACCCGUACUCGAUCGGCUACCUGAUGAAAUUCUUCGACCUGACCUCCGCCACCUGGCUCCCGGUAACCCUCCUCACAAUCGGCUGGUGGGCAAUGGUAACCGGUCAGUCAUUUGUGCUGUAUUCGCGCCUGCAUCUGGUCAUCCAGAACAUGCGCGUUCUGCGUCUGGUGCGGGCGAUGAUCGUCGUCAAUGUUUUCACGCUGCAUGUGCCGACGACGGUGUUGACGUAUGCGGCUAAUUUCUCGAGAUCGCCUGCUUCGAUUGCCGGGUACGAUGUUAUGGAGAAGUUGCAGUUGACCGGGUUUUGUGUGCAGGAGGUUAUUAUCUCUUGUUUGUAUAUGUGGGAGACCAAUCGCAUGCUCAGGUUGUAUCAGGAUCAUGUUAGUCGGAAGACGAUACUGCAGUUGUUGGCUGUCAAUGUUGCGUGUAUUCUGAUGGAUAUUGCCUUGAUGAUUAUUGAGUUUAGGGAUUUUUAUAUCUAUCAGACGACGCUCAAGGCGACUCUGUAUAGUGUCAAGUUGAAGUUGGAGAUUGCUGUGCUGGGGAAGUUGGUGAAUAUUGCCCAUCAGCACAUGUGGAGGUCGUCUUCCUUUGUUACGGCUGGUGGGCAGUAUCCUUCUUUUGUCGAUCCCAGUCGUGCUGUGCAUGAUUUCAAUCAUCCCGAAUCGUUGGCGCCGAGUUCGGCGAAGGGUCGCAUUUCUGGGUCUGAAGCUUUGGAUAUGGAUAUUCGAUGA